AUGAUGUCAUCUUCGAAAAACAUUCUGGACAUGUUUUUUGAAGUUGCACAUGCUUCACCAAAUCAAAUUGCGAUCGAAUUGAGUGAACAAACAUGGACAUACGAUGAAUUGUUAACGAACGUUAUUCGUCUUGCUCAAUAUCUUCGAAUAAAGAAAGGCGAAAUCGUUUAUCAAUAUGUUGAUCGAAGUUUAGAAAUGGUUUGCGGAUUGUUAGCGAUUAUGUACUCUGGCGGGGCUUAUUGUCCGUUAAAUCCAACAGAUUCGUCUGCACAUAUUCGUACAUUGACGGAAUCGAUUUCGAGUCGAUAUGUGCUCGUUCAUGAGAAUACUUAUCGGCGAUUUUCGACGAUGAUACAGAGAAAUAUUUUCAUGAUUAAUAUCGAACGUAUUCUAUUAACCGAAAAUAGCAAGUUAAACAUGAUGAAACCGGAGAGUAUUAAAAAUGACAAUCCAAGUUUCGUAGUGUUUUCAUCCGAUGUAAACAAGAGAUCAAUAGGAAUUAUUCAUACACACGCAUCUCUUGUUGCAAAUCUACAGCAUAUCAUUCAAUGGGAGUCGCGAUUCGGUGAUAAUGUUUUUCAAGUAGUAGAGUCUUCAUGGAUUAUUCAUUUAUUUGAAAUUUUAAUUCCAUUAAUUGUCAUUCGUUCGGGCACACUGGUACUUUUACCGCCCGAAGACAGUUUUAAUCUCGCUCGUUUUUGCAAAACCAUUCAAAACAAGCAGAUUACUGUUCUUUUCAUUGACCCGUUCUCAAUUGAACCAUUACUAGAAUAUCUCGAAUCUCAUGAUCAACCCGAACGUGGUUUACUGAGAAACGUUCGUAUUUUGUGGACAUUAGACGGAUCUGUUAAAGCACAAUAUCAAUCGCAAAUCUCAUCGUUUGCUCCACAGGCUCGUCUGUAUUCAAUGUACAAAACCAUAGCACGUGAAAGAGAAAACGAAUUACCGCAGAAUCUACCGCGAAUGAUUCGGUACAGUUCGUCCCCUUGGAUUGCAGACCGACCCGAUGAAUUUCAGCGUCUUAACGAUCAUCGAUGCUCGUUACCUUUACCUUAUACAAAUGACACCUAUUGUUUAAAAAUGGGAAGACCUUGGUCGAAAACAAAAAACCACCUCGUUCCAAUGAAAGAGAGAAAACAUCCGAAAACGUCAGUUAGUUUUUCUGACGAAGCACCCGGUGUAAGAGAAUCUGAUUACUUUCUCAAUACUGAUCGAAUCUCGGCUGUUUCAAUCGAUUCCGACACUUUACCUUUUCCCGGUUUACGUAAAACAGCCUUUUGUUGUUUCAAUCAAACAACAUUUCCACGGUAUCAAUGUUUGAAACUUGUUUCAUCACCGUGGUUCGAACGGUUUACUUUAUUUGUUAUUCUAUUGAAUUGUAUCACACUUGGCAUGUACCAACCAUGUCCAUCAAACGCUGGACUUGAUUCAUCGAAUACAUGUUCUGCAAAUCUUUGUUUUUAUCUUCGUAUUAUGGAUCAAUGUAUCUUCGCAUAUUUUACAUUUGAAAUGUUUAUUCGAAUAGUCGCGAUGGGUUUUAUCGGCAAAGAUUCCUAUCUAGCAGAGUCAUGGAAUCGUUUAGAUUGUUUUAUUGUUAUAACAGGAUGGAUUGAAUUAUUACUUCCAGGUGAUAAUUUGAGUUUAUCAUCGAUUCGUACAGUUCGUGUUCUUCGUCCAUUACGCGCAAUUAAUACCAUUCCAUCGAUGCGUAUUCUUGUUAUGCUUUUAUUAGAUACCUUGCCGAUGCUUGGUAAUGUUCUUCUAUUAUAUUUCUUUCUCUUCGCCAUAUUCGGUAUUAUCGCUGUUCAGCUUUGGAAAGGUGUUUUACGCAAUCGAUGUUUCUUACAAUUGAACAGUUCAGUUAUUAGUCAUUAUUAUCCAAUCGAUGAAACCUUCUCUUUUCAUCCGUUUUACGUUCCAACGGACGAUCGUGCAUUCAUUUGUUCGAAUUCGUUCGCAGUUGGAGUGAACAGAUGUUCAGAUAUUCCAAAAUAUCACCAAGAAAAUGUCACGUGUACUCUUGGAUUGAAUUCUUUACUGAAUCAAACAUCAGCUGGUUGUAUCAAUUGGAAUCAAUAUUAUCAAACUUGUGCUAGUUCGGAUGAAAAUCCCUACUCCGGUGCAAUUAACUUCGAUAACAUCGUUUCAGCAUGGUUGGCCAUCUUUCAAAUCGUUAGUUUGGAGAAUUGGGUGGAAAUUAUGUAUUAUAUCCAAGAUGCGCAUUCGUUUUGGAAUUGGAUUUAUUUUUUAGCUUUGACGAUCAUCGGCUCGUUUUUUAUGAUGAAUAUUUGUCUGGCGGUGAUCUCCGCACAGUUCAGUGUAACGAAAAAACGCGAGACCCAGUUGAUGGCGGCGGAACGAGAACGAUUUUUGCAAUCAACGAAUUCGAUUUCAUCAAGUAUUGAUCAAAAAUCGUGUUGGGAAGUGAUCAUGAUCCACAUUGAAAGAUUCUUCAAACGUUUACUUCGACGAAAAAACAAAAAAGCUCAAGGAAACCAUGCGGAAAAUAAUGUUUCUGAUCGAAUACAAUCUUCAUCAGAACUGAUCGUUCAUGAUGGUUCACAUCGAAACAAGGAAAGACAGCAUGAAAGUCAAGAUUCAUCAUGUUGCUCUUCGCCGUGUCGAAGAAUUCUCGCACGUUACGUUCACAGCAAAUAUUUUGAGCUGAUCAUAUUUUGUGCUAUUAUUAUCAACACACUUUCCAUGUCAGUGGAAUAUCACGGACAACCGCAACGGUUAACGAAUAUAUUAGAACAUGUCAAUUAUGUAUUUGUUGCAUUAUUUACCAUUGAAAUGAUCCUGAAAAUCUUAGCGGAUGGAUGCUGGACUUAUGUUAAAAGUCCGCUGAAUAUUUUCGAUUGUACGAUCGUUAUUAUUAGUCUUGUGGAGUUGUAUGGAGCACAGAAUAGUGGUUUAUCAGUUUUGCGAACGUUUCGAUUAUUGCGUGUGCUGAAACUUGCGCAGUUUACACCAACGUUAAGAAAACAAUUUCUUGUCAUGAUGAAAACACUGGAUAAUGUCGCGACGUUUCUCUUACUUUUACUUCUUUUUGUGUUCAUUUUCAGUGUUCUUGGAAUGCAUCUAUUUGGUGGACAGUUUUGUACAAUUCAAGGAUUCAAUAAAACAUCACGUCAACAGUUCACAAUGAAUUGUCGAUGUUGCACGUGUGUUGAGGUGGCAACAUUGAAGAAUUCGAGUGAUUUCAAAGAUGUAACGUGUGAAUUCGAUCGGCCAAAUUUCGAUACACUUCGUGGUGCAUUAUUAACUGUAUUUCAGAUUUUAACGCAAGAAGAUUGGAAUGAAGUUUUAUACAAAGCUAUGGAAAAAACUGGCUCGUGGUCUGCGCUUUAUUUCAUUGCAUUGAUGAUCUUCGGAAAUUAUGUAUUACUCAAUUUAUUGGUUGCAAUUCUUGUCGAAGGGUUUGUUAACGAGAAAGAAAAUGAAGUUCCUGGCGAAAUCGUUGUUGAUUCAGCCCAAGAUGAUUUUAUUCAACUGUCGAAUGUUUUGCAGCAUACAAUGUCUCCUUAUUUUGAUCAUUCUUCGACUUCUUCACCGGACGAGUAUUUAACUGCUCCUGGAAGCAAUACUGGUGAAGAAAGUUCCAGCGAAAGUCCAUCACUUCAACUUCAAUCAUCGCUAGCGGAUAUUUCACUCUCAAUGGACGACAGUUCGUCGACGAGUAGUUACGCAACAGUAGAAAACACGAAAACUCACGCAGAUCGUGUUGAUGUUUUGUUACCAAUACACGAAGAAGCUUCGUUUCGAUCGAGUCAUUCGGAUCCAAAGAGAAUAAAAAAUGAAGAUUACUCUCACAAUCCGAAAAAUUCUGAAUCAUGUUGUAGUUGUUAUUCUCGGUUGGGAUUCUUCUCGUGUUUUCGAAAACGACACAACUAUUCGCUCUAUCUUUUUUCACCUACAAACCGAUUUCGAAUAGCUCUACAACAACUAACCGAAGAAAAAUCUUUUGAUACGUUAGUUCUCAUUUGCAUCGGACUCAACUGUAUAACACUUGCCAUGGAACGUCCAUCGAUCGCUCCGCAUAGUUUGGAGAGAAAAUUUUUAACUUGGGGAAAUUAUGUGUUUACGGUAGUAUUCACGAUUGAAAUGAUUAUUAAAAUUCUCGCCGACGGUUUGGUUAUUGGUCGAAAUACUUAUUUACGAAACAAUUGGAAUCGUAUGGAUGGGUUUCUUGUUCUUAUUUCAAUCGUAGAUUUAAUUAUUGCGAAUCGAAGUAGCCUAUCAACGACCAUGAAUUCGAACACAACGUCUCGUAUUCUCGGUAUCCUAAGAGUACUUCGAAUAUUAAGAGCAUUAAGACCUUUAAGACUUAUCAAUCGCGCACCGGGAUUAAAACUUGUUAUCGAAUCGUUACUUUCAUCGAUUAAACCAAUCGGUAAUGUAAUUGUUAUCUGUUGUGUAUUCUUUGUUAUCUUCGGUAUUCUCGGUGUACAGCUCUUCAAAGGCCAAUUUUAUCAUUGUGAUGGUCCUCAAGCAGAUACUGUUACAACAAAACAAGAAUGUUUAAGUCUUCCUGAACAUCACUGGAUCAAUCAGCAAUAUAAUUUCGAUAAUUUGUUUCAAGCUUUGUUGACAUUAUUCGUGUUGUCGUCGAAAGACGCUUGGGUGUCGAUCAUGUACAAUGGAAUUGAUGCUGUCGGUGUUGAUAUGCAACCGAAACGAAAUCAUAGUGAAGGAAAAUUCGUCUAUUUCGUUGCUUUUAUCUUAAUGGUCGGCUUUUUCGUGGUGAAUGUGUUCGUCGGUGUAAUUGUGGAGAAUUUUCAGUCGUGUCGAGAAGAACUUGAAAGUCAGCAAGAAGCGCAAACUGCAAUCAAUCGUCAAAAAGAACUCGAGUAUCAACAGAUUGAACUCUGUGAAUUAGAAGAAAGUAAACGUUUCUCACCAUGGAGAAAGCAUUUAUUUGAUUUAUGUAAAAGUAAAGCUUUUGAUAUAACUAUUGCUAUUGUCAUUGUUUUGAACGUGAUAACAAUGUCGGUGGAAUUCUAUCAGAUGCCAAUGUGGUUGGAAAAGUUUCUUGAAUAUUGUAAUUAUUUGUUUACAUUUAUCUUCUUUAUGGAGUUUCUCUUGAAAAUUAUCGCAUUUGGUAUAUCGCAGUAUUUUCGUGACAAUUGGAACCGAUUCGAUGCAUUUGUUGUAUUUCUGUCAAUAAUUGGGAUCGUCAUUGAUAAAAUGAAUCAUAAAAGUGUUUUACCAAUCAAUCCAACAUUGAUCCGAGUGAUGCGACUUCUCCGAAUUGCACGAAUUUUGAGACUAUUGAAAAUGGCGAAAGGAAUUCAAGCACUCAUCGACACUGUCAUCGAAGCAUUUCCUCAAGUUGGAAAUCUGUCUCUUCUGUUCUUCCUCAUCUUCUUCAUCUUCGCUGCAUUGGGCGUGGAAUUAUUUGGCAAAAUUCACUGCACCGACGAACAACCGUGCGAGGGGUUAAAUAAACACGCGAACUUUCAGAAUUUCGGAGUCGCACUUCUUACUUUGUAUCGAGUGGCGACAGGAGAUAACUGGAAUGCGAUUAUGACAGAUACAAUGCGUCAGGAUGAGUCCAUGGAUGAAGAGAAAAGUUCUUUAGUGAUGAUUAUCUCCCCCAUUUACUUUGUUAUUUUUGUUCUCUCGACUCAAUUUGUACUUGUUAACCUUGUUGUUGCUGUUCUUUUGAAGAAACUCGAAGAUUCUGCCAAGAAAAUUGAAGACGAACAACGAAGUCUACUGACAAGAGAGGAACGUAAUGUCGCAUGA